CAGUCUCAUAUAAAAACGUACCCUGACUACGUUGGUCCAAAGUGCAAAACGUAGAGGGGUUACAAUAAUGGCCCUUGAAUUGUAUGACUGUUACGUUUUUUUGCCAAUUCUUUUCCUAUUGUUUAGCGUCCAAGUCACGUGACUUUCAAGAUUCCGACCGUGAGAACAAAAAAACAUGGCGGACAUUUCUCUCAUUUUUAGUGAAAAAAAUCAAUAUUUUGAGUUAGUCUCUGCAUAAAAAUAAGUUUUGAUUACAUUUCUAGCGAGAAAUAUAUAUUUUAUUUUCAGAAUAUUCACUCAGUGGAUGUACAUAAUCACUCGCUUGUUCGUUGUUGCGAAGAUUUUUCUGAUUUCGCCAGAAUAACGUGAAACUGCAACGUUUUGGUUGCUAUGGACGCUGCUUAUCGCCUAGCAUAGCUGUGGCCCCAGAUUCCACAUACUCUUCCUUGCGAUUUCGCUCCGUCUGACAGACCAAACCCCUGCCCACUAUAUGCGUUUCGUCUGAGGUUGAUUUGCUGAACAACACAUUAAUCCGUGGCAGCGGGAGAAAUUAAUGUUGACAAAGUGACGAGUUACGAUCAGUCCGCUGUUUUUAAUUUUGACAUCUACCGGAACACCGGAACCUCCGUGCAUUUUUUUAUGGUUAUUAUUGUCCUCUGACAUGGUUUUAAUAUUGUUGUUCAUAUUUUCCUUCUCAUUUUAAUGUUUCUCUUUGUAUUUUUUUUUUUUUUUUUUUUUUUUUUUGAUGUAUGGCAUAAUAAAAAUAAUAAAAAAUAAUAACCUCCGUGCAUUUGUGUGGUGCGAUCUCAUUGGUGGGUGUUGGGUGUUGACGCGUCAAGGCCCCACGAAGAAGAAGAAGAAGAAGAAGAAGAAGAAGAAGAAGAAGAAGAAGAAGACGAAGAAUACGAGGGAAAAUAAGCAGGGAAAGUUAGACAAGGAGGAAAAAGAAGCGUGGAAAAUUAACUUGACCAAGCUGAAAAUGAAUCACCUUGACCCCGAAGAUGCCAUAUUCCUGGUUGAUGCAUUCCUGGAUGAGUGCAAGGUGGAUCAGCAUGGACAAACUAAAGGAGGUUCAAAACAAUCCACAAAGUUGUGUGUUUGGCCUGAUGAGGACAAAGAUGGUCAACCUCUGCCAAAAAGAUGUAGAGCUGGAGAGAAACGAAAGCGAGAUUCAGCUACUGUUUCUUCAGCAAGCGUUAAAAGCGUGUCCUGUGCUCCGUCUACCAGCACAACUGAAGACACAGUGAUCAUCGAAAAUUUUGACUCCCUCAUUCAAGAUGUCCGAGAACUCUUGGGAAGUGGUGAUGAACAGUCUUUCCCCUCAGAGUGGAGUAACAGGCAAACUACCUCUCUGGAGAAUUGGACAGUAAUGAGGCCCUUCAUGGUGAACAAUAUGUUGUCAUCUGAGAAGCCCAAGGAGGGGGUUUGCCAUCACUGUGGACACAAGGCUGCAGUAGUGAUGUGUAGGGACUGUUUACCACGAUCACUCUACUGCACAGCCUGUGACCUUUCCACACAUGAGGCCCUGGUGCUUCAUAACAGAGCAUCCAUGGUGGAGGGGUUCUUCAGACAACUGCAGCCAUCCACUUUUGUUCAGCAGCACGAGGGAGGGAAAUUCUCCUAUCAUGAAAAAGAUUGCAUGUUACCAAUCGUUCCUCCCUGCUGCGACUGCUCCACUGGGCAAACAAGCUUUUCCAAGGGAAAGCCAGUUAUUUUAAUUGGAAUGAAUGGAAGAUACAACCUCUUCCUUCCAUCAGUAAACUGCUCUUGUGGAAAAACCUUGCCAGUGACCAUAAGUGAUCUGGUUGAAAGUGGUUACUGGCCAGCCACUGUCAAUUUUGAGACCUUGUACAUGGUGGACUUGUUCACCACGUAUGAGGAUCUAAAAAUCACUGCCCCAGGGAUGUCCAGACAAGCUUUUGUCAGCAUGCUUGAGUGUCGUACAAAACUCUUCGGGCGAAGUGGUAAGAUUUGUGGGGACACAAUGCAGAGGGCCUUCCUCGAAUGGGCCUAUGCCAAAUUUGAGGUUGACAAGCUGUCUCAGGUCCAGCAUUUUCAGUGCCCUGCAUGCACACCAUCCAUGUUGGCAGUUGCAGUGGAUGGGAACCGCAAAUUAUAUCGUUUCAAAAGCCAACCAGGACCUGAUGGGUUUUUUGAUGGAGUCUUUUUGGCCAAUGAUGCUGAUGUGUCCUCCUUUGUUGAUUACAUCCAUGAAACAACUGGACAUAAUCCAGGGAAAGGGAGAUGUGGUGCGGGUCAGUGGACCGCAGCACGAGAGUCUGCCAACAAGUCUGGAAGCAAACUAGACGAGGAAGGUGUUGAAGUUGCUGUCUGCCGUCAUGGGGUUUUGCUCAAGGGACUGAAUAUGUUCCGUGGAGAAAUAUUUGCAUACCCAUUAUAUCUCCAGAAACAGCUAGCUUCACAGACCGUCCAGUUUUUUUGCUCUGAUGUGGUCUGCAAAUAUUGGCCAUAUCUGCAGAAAGUUGUGGGCCACUGUCCAGAGUUGGAGGACUUGCUGAACAUGCGCCCAUUUCUCUCCAUCAUGCAUGCAAAAGCACAUUCAUGGAUGUGUGAGUUAAAAUGGGGGGGACGCAAUCAAGAAGGAGCUGGAACAACAAUCGGGGAGGAGGUUGAACAAGUUAACAGCUUCCUCUCUCGAGCAGCCAUAUGUUCCAAGUACAUGUCAAAAGCCGUUCGCACAGACAUGCUAACUAUCCAGGCAAGUGGCUGGAACAAGCGAAAGGCAGAAAACCUUGACCGGACACUGGCCAAAAGAUACAUCAAGACUGUACAAAGGAUUGCAGAGGCAACAAAGGACCUGGAGAAACUCACAACUGAGUUAUCUCUACAGCAAGACACAGUCCAGCAGUGGGUGUCUGAUGUGCAGCAGUGGACCUCAGGAGCAACAAUCCAAAAUGACCUGCAGAGGACCAUCGAGGGGCUAUAUUUGGGCAUCAAACAGCGAAAAUUUCAGCUGUAUCGUCAGUCUGGUGGGAACAAGCGAAGGCAUCAACUGAGAAGAAAGAUUGCUGUUGAGAAGAAAGCCUUGGAAGUUGCCAUCAAUGACCACAAUGCUACUGUGGGGGAAGUUGAAAAACUGCCUCCUCCCAAUGAACUCCUGGCUGUGGACAACUACUCCUGGCCAUGGGAAUGUCAUGGUGAUAUGGAGCGAAAAAAAAAUGUUUUUGACAAGGUAAUGCUGCUGGCUAGACUAAAAGAAGAAGAAUUUAUUGUGGUUCGCGAAGUCAAGCAGCACAUGGAGUACAUGAGGAGUGUUGCUGGACUGAUCGAAGAGUUUACCUUUCAGCUGACUGAAGACACCACUGGGAAAUGCAGUACAGAGGGCUUAAUGGAGAAAGGACGUGAAGGACUACUCUGUGUGCUGAAGAGAAGAUUGCGUGAAGUUGAAGCACAACUGGCUAAAGCACGCACAACAUACAAAUGUAUUCUUGGACUGCAAACAUUGCCCUUAGAUGACUUUUCUGAAGAGGAAGACUCAGAGAAUACUUCCUCAACUGAUGAGGAACUGGGAGAGUAGUUAUUAGGGAGAUGAUGUGUUUACAUUGUGUUGAACCCAAACGUCAGUGCUGUAAUAACUUGUAUGUGAAACCUGAGGUUAUUUUACUGCUGUUGUAAUAUUUCUUUGUGUUUAGAGCAUGUACUGCAAAUUCCUCUGAUACUGUAAAAACCCAUAAUGUUAGCCCAUUAGUCCCCACCCUCUCCCCCAACCCAAUCACUGGUGAUUCACAACUGUCAAACAUGACAAAUUACCUUUGUUUUUUAUAGCAUUACUUUUUUGGUCGAAAUGUAUUGCGCAUCCCUACAUAGCUUCACUAUAGUUUGUAUAUAGUGUACCUACUGUAGUUUACAUAGCCUAUUGUAUUCUUACUCUCUCCAACAGUGUGCUAUUCCAGCUUAUGUUUCCACGUUAGUAUAGUAUAUCAAUACUCACUCACUCUCACACACUCACUCGCUAAAACAACCACACACACAAACACACUCACUCGCUCACACACACACUCACACACACAUACAUACAUACACUCACUCUCACACACACUCUCACUCUCUCGUUCACACACGCGCACACACACACACACACACACACCCCUACCUUUCUAAAUAUAUAUAGUCUUUAUUUUGUACAGGGCAUAGUCUCUUAGCUCUAGAAAGCCUACUUUAUUAAUUUCACCCAGUAAAAUGAACUGUUGUUUCAACUAUA